AUGUCUAGAUCAAAGAAGCCCCCAGCUGCCAACAAGGCGCCGCGGAGAGAUCCGUUGGCUUCGUUGAAGCUCGCUGAUAUUAUCAUCUCAAAACCAGUCCUCCCAGCAGAGGUUCUAGCCACUAUUGUCGACUACCUAGACGUCCCCGAUCUUCUGCGAUUCGCUCGAGCGUCACGUCGAAUGCAUGAGAUGGUCUAUGAUGAUGCGAGAUGGAUCAAGAGGUUAAGGAGCAUGGGCUGUUGGAACGAUGCAGAGGCGAGAGGAAGAGUCGAGCCUGUCAAGGCGCCAUCAACUUCAGGUCGGAGACAAAGCAUGAUAGAUCGCGCCGUGGUGAAUGGGAAGGGCAGACCCGAAGUUCUGUUUGAUAUCGACUCCUCUUCAUCUCCUCAGCGGCGCCAGUCCAACGUGCUCUCACCUCUGCGAGCCCGACCGGCCGUAGCAGAUGGGUUUGACGUGGCAGAAGUGUCACGUCCCAGGGCGAUUGUUGCUGCCGAAUCGAUGGUUGACCGCAAUGUAACAUUGUCGGUAUUUGAACACGUCAAAUCCAUACGAGGACAAGCCAGACAAGAAUACGGCAAGAUCUACAAACUGUUGGCUCCCUACUACCUCGAUCUACUCUCGUGUCCCAAGCCCCUGGAAAGCCGCGUGUUUAGAGAUUUCGUUGUGCCAGAUCAACAAGCACAGCUGCUGGCUAAUGUGCGAACAUUCUCCGCGAGUGAUUUCUCUCCGGGCUCGGGAGCCCGUGAAAGGCGACUUGCGGAAGCGGUUGAGAUGUUCGAUACGGCAGCUUUGCUGGAAUUCCGGAGGGGCUAUGAAUACAAAGAUAUCCAAGGAAGGAUGCGUCUGUACGCCAGAGUCAUGUACUACCUGGACGAUGGCAAGAGUUGCGUGGAACUGUUCUUACACGACAACAACCUCAUCACUCAGAAGAUAUCACUUGGCACGGUGUCGGACUGUCUCGAUUACUCUUCAGGCCAUGGUCAACUUUCCCUAGAGAAGAUUCAGGCCUUCUUUGAAAGAUUGGAAGAUGCAUUUAGCCAUGAGAAGGUCAUUAUCGAGGCGGUUUUUCCCAACCCGAAAGAAGUCUCUUUGCGUUUCCUCGAACAGGUGGCCAAGGAUGUUCUCUUGCCAUUUCUAUCCUCUUUGUUUGCAGAUGCACAAUCUCUGGGAGCGUCUGUGUAUCUACGAAUUGUGUCCGGAGCAUUUGCUGCGACCAAACAGUUCAUUGCCACCGUUGCUCUUCCCGAUAAUGUCGACGAUGACGCCAUAUCCCGAUCCAAUGCCGUCCUGACUCAGAUCUUUGGUCCUCAUCUCGACUCGUAUCUCGCCGAAGAAUUGAGCCUUUUCCGCCAGAAAGCAGAUUCUGAGGUUGAGCAAUGGGAUCGAGCACUAUCAGAAAAGGCAGCGUCGACCGAAAGUUUCCUCAUGUCCAACAUCAAUCGCCAAGCUGACAAGAAGGAUUUUAUGUCAUCGUUCAAGAAAGUGGUCAUGAUGCCUGUCAAUAUCCUCCCCAGUUUUUCGGGUUCCUCAAACAGCAAGACUACAGCGAAAGCUCUAGUAAAUGGCGACGUUGGUGUUACAUCUCGGCCGUCGACCCCCAAUGCACAGGCUCCGGCGACUGCGACUCCAUCGCUCCCGGUUGCAGCCCCGACGUCUGAACUGGCUGCCAAAGCUGCCCUGAUGAAUACAAAGCUGGAGAAUAUCCGAUCUCUCUUUUCCAUCGAAGUGGCGCUAAAUCUUGUCCAUGCCGCCAAAGCUUCUCUUGAACGAACAGCUCAAUUCCUCUCUUUGGGAGGCAAACCAGGGGAGGCAGCCCGCAAUCAGUGUUCUGCCAUCUUCAUCACCCUUCUUCAAUCCGUUGGUGUCCGCCACGUCAAGGCCGGUUUCGACCAGGCUAUCGAGCAUCUUUCGCUCUACAACCCACGAGAAGCAAACCAGGACGCCGAAUCAACGCCGCCAAUGCAAGUUGCUCCUUUGGUCACAUUUCUUGAACUCGUGAAUGUCGGUGAUCUGAUCCAGCAAAUGCUCGACGUCUUCUAUGAGUCAGAAUUAGUGCGUCUGCGCAUCUCCAACCGCGACGACUUCCUCGACAUCAAUGUCAAAGAGAAGAAAAAGUUUGAAGCGAUGCUUGACGAACGGGUGGCUGCAGGUUUGGGCAAAGGCAUUGAUGUCCUCAUGAACGAGGUUGAAUUUUUAUGCGCGACGACACAGCUUCCGACCGAUUUCUAUCCUGAACUCGCUAGUACCAGCAGCGUAAACGGAGUCAAAACCGGUGGCUCCAACUCAAUGAUCCUCGAUUUCUCCGGUCAACCGACCAAAACGGCCUCUCUCGUCAUUCAGCUUGUCUCACACCAUACAAGUAUGCUCAAGGGCGCAACGGAGAAGACUCUCCUCGACGUGUUUACAACAGAAGUUGGCCUGCGCCUAUUCACCACAUUGAACAAACAUAUCAAACGCCAGCGUAUCUCGACGUUGGGUGCUCUGCCACUUCUCUCCGACUUGACCGCCUAUGCGAAUUUUGUGGCCGGCUUCAAGAACAAUGACCUGACAUCGUAUUUCUCGGCCCUCCGUGAGGUCGCGCAGAUUUAUCUGAUCGGUGGCGAAAGCGAGCGGGAUGUGGCAGAGAUGGCGACGAUCAUUUCAGACGGCGAGCGGUAUAAAGGCGUCUUUACGGUCGAGGAGGUAGUGGAGUUUGCGGAAAGACGGAGCGAUUGGUUGCUUGUCAGAAGCAGGGUCGAGGGCAAGGUUCGAGGUGAGGCAUGCACGGUCAUGUAA